CAAUCUUGAAGGCCUGCAACUUGUAUGGAAAGUCCAUCCUAAUUCGACCCUUUCUUCAUCAUCAUAAUCCCCAACAAAUCCCAAUAAUCUUUACCUUCCAAUAUAGUUUUUUGCUGGCUUGUUAAGUUACCAUAUUCCCUUCACUUUUUCUCACUCUCUCGGUUUUAUAAAUACAGAGUGGUGAUUUUUAGGCAUACGUCAAGCCUUUCCCUUCCCCUUCCUCUUCUCUGUUUUGCUUGCACUCCAGGAUGGCGUCCCAGGGAUCUCUCUAUCUUCUCCUAUCUUUGUUUGCUUGCUUCUUCUUCUAUUCCUCAGUGGCCUACACCAACUUCUAUGUGGGUGGCAAAGAUGGUUGGGUUGUCAACCCUUCUCAGCAAUACAAUGACUGGGCUGCCAGAAACCGAUUCCAAGUUAAUGACGCUCUCGUUUUCAAGUACAAAGAAGGGUCAGACUCGGUGUUUCUUGUCAAGAAAGAUGACUACUACAAUUGCAACACAAAGGAGCCCCUCAAGGCUAUGAAAUCAGGCUCCUCUGUUUUCCAGUUUGAUCACUCUGGUCCUUUCUUUUUUAUCAGUGGAAAUAAAGGCAACUGUGAGAAUGGACAAAGACUGAUUGUUGUAGUUUUGGCUGUUAGAACAAACCCUGCUCCUAAAACCCCUGCUCCAGUUUCUCAGCCACCUGUCAUGUCACCAAAUGGAUCAUCCCCAUUAACUCCCCCUCCAGCUUUCUCCCCUGCAUCUCCAUCGCCCAAAUCCCCACACUCUUCUCCGGUUCCACCAGUGUCCCCUGUCUCUCCCUCGCCAAAUGCUAAGGCUCCCUCAUUGGCUCCAUCGCCCAAAUCCCCACACUCUUCUCCGGUUCCACCAGUGUCCCCUGUCUCUCCCUCGCCAAAUGCUAAGGCUCCCUCAUUGGCUCCAUCGCCCAAAUCCCCACACUCUUCUCCGGUUCCACCAGUGUCCCCUGUCUCUCCCUCGCCAAUUGCCAAGACUCCCUCAUUGGCUCCAUCACCCAAAUCUUCACACUCUUCUCCCGUACCUUCAGUGUCCCCUGUCUCUCCCUCGCCAAUUGCCAAGACUCCCUCAUUGGCUCCAUCACCCAAACCUUCACACUCUUCUCCGGUACCUUCAGCGUCCCCUGUCUCUCCCUCGCCAAUUGCCAAGACUCCCUCAUUGGCUCCAUCACCCAAACCUUCACACUCUUCUCCGGUACCUUCAGCGUCCCCUGUCUCUCCCUCGCCAAUUGCCAAGACUCCCUCAUUGCCUCCAUCACCCAAACCUUCACACUCUUCUCCGGUACCUUCAGCGUCCCCUGUCUCUCCCUCGCCAAUUGCCAAGACUCCAUCAUUGGCUCCAUCAUCACCCAAAUCUCCAUACUCGUCUCCGGUACCUUCAGUAUCCCCUGUUUCUGCCAAUGUUCCCUCAUUGGCUCCAUCACACAAAUCUCCAUUCUCAGCUCCGGUACCUGCAGUGUCCCCUGUGUCUCCAUCUCCAACUGCCUAUACUCCUUCUCUAUCCCCAGUGCCAGUAAAUUCACCCUCUACAUCUCCUUCUGCAACAUCACCAACAUUAUCACCCACAAAGGCUCCUUCACCAGCAGCUCACGGACCAAGCUCCCCAGCUCCUGCAACUGCUCCAACAGUUUCCUCUCCAGCUCCAUCAAAAACAUCGCAACUAGCAAACACACCUGAGCCAGCAUCAUCACCGGGGUCCGGUCAUACCGCAGAAGUUAAUGCACCUGGUCCAUCUCCUUCUGUUUCAUGGGCUCUAGCUCCCUCAACGAUGACGUUGUUUUCGGUUUCUUUUGUUGUCAGUAUUACUAUUGGUGCAUAUCCUCGGGGAGUUUAUUGAAUAAUCUGGUAUUGGGUUUAAUUUGGAUAAUUUUUUUAAUGGUUUUGUUAGGAUUUCUCAGUUUCUUUUUCGUGGUUUUAAUAUUAUUGCAGACAUUUGCUUAAUGGUUUGUUUUACUUGAAUUAUUGUUUAUGACA